AUAUCAUCCAAUGAAAAUUGUCGUUGCCUACUGGGGGAAAUGGUGGAGUUGAAACGACGAAUUUUCAAAAGUAAUCGGAAAAAACAAAUAUCUAUUUCAUCAGGCCAACUUUCUUUUCUUUGUGCAAUGCUUCAACAAAGUUUAACCAUCUAAACGGAAAGGCGACUAGGGUGCAGUGAAACGGACAUAGUCAAACCAUGAGGCCUGGUACAACACCACACAAAGUUUCCCCAUUAAAACCAUACAUAGGAACUAAUUCAUCAGCAGUGUUUGGUCAAAGUGAUGUUGCCAUUGCCGGUGUUUCAAAAGAUGGAUCAAUAUGCUGGCUUGUAAGAGAGGCUGUUCUUGAAGUAGUGGAUACAAAGUCAAGCCAGUGUCUGUCUUCUUGGAAGUUCGGAGAAAUCAUCUGUGACCCUCAUGCAUACAUAACCUGUGUUAAGGAGUACCAGUAUGGAAGCAAUCGUAAACUGUUAGUCGGAGUCUGUUAUUCUUCAUCCAGUGGUCUGCUGUGUCUUCUUGAUGUUCACCUGUCAAAAAUUAUCAAGACCAUAGAGAUUCCGCAAAAGAUUUCAUCAUUAGACCCAGUUACAAGUAUGGGAGGCGAUGACGUUCCAGUUUGGGCGCUGAGUGCACACUUGCGACAUUUCUAUGGCAUUGUUGCAGUGGGAACCAAUGGUGGCAUUGUAUAUCUUAUAGACAUGUGCCUUGAUGAUGACAUGGAAUCAGAUGAAAUAAAACCAAACAAGCUCCAGCUCUUGUCUCCCCGUUCACGUGACACGGAGCAGAGGCGAGUACAGGCCAUGUCAAGAUCCCAGCACCUCUGUAUGGUCUUAGACGAAGAAGCACAGGAAAGUGGAUACAAGUACAAGAGAUGUGAUGGAACAGUAAUGAAGACAUUUAACACAGAUGCAGUACAUGUUAGCUGUUUGCAGUACAUACAACAGAUAGGAAGUCUUUUUGUGGGCUUUAGUUUUGGUAGUUACCAAAUCUGGAAACUUCAUGUGCCGGUGCUGGAAUACAGCAGCAGGUUAGAUGUAGAUAUGGUCCCCAUAACACAUAUAGCUUACCAGGAACCCGAGAAUGACCCCAAGAACUUCAGCUAUAUCUGGAUUACAAGAAGCACCGGCGACCAUCAAGAUGACAGCUUAUCCAUAAUAACAUUAUACCAACUGGCAUUUAACAAGAAGACUUUGUACAGCAACUAUGGACCUUUUUAUGAGGAUCUGACCUCAGUGAGCUUGAGAUUUGACUUUGAACUGGUUGCAUCACCCCUGAACCCCAGCCUUAAGCCUUCAGUAUCAAGUCGAAUCAUCUCUUGCUAUACCCUACAAGAUCCUUGUUACAAGCCACCUUCAAAACUUGAUGAAGAGGAAUCGUUUGAAGAGAGUUUACAUGGUCCAGACCUGAGUUUGAGUGUCUUUGUGUGGGAGUGUUCGGAUGGAUACAAACAGACGUCACACAUGGGAAUAUUUGACAUGAAUCGGUGGUACCAUGCUCAGAUGCCUUCCACUGUUAGGGCAUCCUCGGGACCUAUGGACACGUGUUCUUACUUUUCCUUCCUCAGUCUAGAUGAGAUAGUUGAACAGUCGGAGCAAGGCUCUGUAAUGGCUGUGUACCUAUCUGUGGAUAAGCUGAGCCGAUUUACCAACACUUCUCUCAUGCCCCCAGAGCAACACUUCUACCCAUCUGCACUGGCGUUUAACACUGUGUGUGUUCUUGAUGAAGGAAUAGUGAAAGCUCAGUAUCUGGGUACCCAAAGGCAGGUGAUGGCUACCAUGCAAAAGAUGGGCCCCUCUGUACUUUUGAACCCUAAGGAACUGUAUAACUUGUGUGUGGUUGUGGGACUAUUACCCAGACCACUGGAUUCAGCUGCCAGUAAUCCUUCCUCUGCACAAAUGAAGGAAUCUCUGCUGACUAUGGCUCUCAACAACCACAUACUGUCUUUUAUAAUCAAAUGUGUCCAAGAAUGGGGCCCAGGGGAGUUUGUGCAUGUUGGCUGUACACUAAAGUUCUUGUUGGACUGGGUAUGGAAUCGAGUUGCAGAGAUCAAGAACAACAUUGACAACUCAUGUGUAACUCUUUAUGACUGGUCGGGAAUCCCCCUUGACAGACGAGCAGUACAGACUCUCUACCAGUCCAAUCAAAGACUGGGCAGUAUAGCAUCCAUCAUUAAGGCCCUGAUCAGCCAGUCGGCGCCCACCACUGAAGAAGGUUUAGGUGAUUUGCAGGACAAGUUAUCAGUUGUGACAUACAUCCAGCAACAUUUACAGAUGGUCAUCUGGUUUUACAACAUGAAACUUCUUCCAGAGAGAGAUGAAGUGGAAGAGACAGAGGAGAAGUAUUACAAUUACCCAGCUGGAUUACUGAUCCAGUCAUAUGCACAGAAAAGGCAGGAAAUCCAGAAAUUAGACAGCUCUGUGUGCCCGACUGAUUUAUUAAUGAUUGAUGGGAUGGUAGAACAGAUGGGAGAGAAGAUAAGGGACCUCUGGUACAGAGAGGGGGGAAGCGGUCUGUACCCGCCCUGUAGUCUGCACGCUUUGUUGAGUAUUUAUCUGUUGGAUGACAUUUCUCUGAUUGACAAGCAUUCCCUGGUUCUGUAUGGUCUCCUGGACAUGGUGUCUGUGGCAAAUCCUGAUGCCCAUGAAAAGUUGGCAUCGAAAGUCCAGAAGUUUUCUAGAAAAUUUGGGAUUCCGUUUACUGUUGUGAGACAGGUCCAAGGAUUCUGGCUUCUGGAUCACAAGGAUUUUGAGGAGUCUAUUUCCUUGAUUCUUGACCCCCUGGUGUCUCUCGACUUUGGCCAUUGGCAGCAUCAGCGUAUAGUCAAGUCCCUGUUGUAUCAAGGACAGAGUAAAAUAGCUGCCAGGUACCUCCAAACUGUCCAACCUGCCUUGUCCACUCCGGAGGAGGUGAAACUAAAGCUGACAGUGCUGCUGGCUAGUGGGUUGACAGCUGAAGCACUGGAAUACCAAAGAUCUUGUCAGGACCAACACAAUGCCCAAGAUUUACUGCAACACAUAUACCAGGCAUGUCAACAGACUAAGACAGUGGAUCAGCUGCUGCAGUUGCCAAUGACCAGACUGGAGGAAGAAAACCUGGUCCAGUUUCUGACCGCCAGUGGUGACCAAUAUUGUCAGGAGAUCCUUAUCCUACAUUAUUUACAGAGAGCUUGUUAUGUGGAGGCCAUCAGGCUCAAUGAGAAACUCAAACAGACUGUCAUGACUGAUGCAAGUGCAAAAGCCAGAGAAAGAGCAUCUGCUAGGAAUGCUAUUGUGGAUGGUUUCAUGUCAGUGUUGACUGGUGUUCAAAGGAAACUGGUUUGGGAGAGUUACCAUUGUCAAAAGAAACCUUCAGUGUCGAGAAGAGAAGUGAAGCACCCCCUGCCACUGUCCACCAAGGUCACCAAGAGAAACUACAACAUGCAGUCACGGUCCUCUCUGUAUGCGGAUGUGAUGAGUCAUGUGGAUGAAAUGGAAAAUGACCAACAAAUGGAAAACUCUGAAGGAACUCCUGAGAGAAUAUCUAGAGGGCCUGUUUUUGGAACUCCUCUUACGCCUAGAAUGAAUGAGACAUUAAAUUCCCAACCAGUGGUUUAUCCUGAAAUGAAUGCCACAUCCUGGCAGAAUACUAGUCAAAAUUUAAAUGCCAGCAGUCUAACUCCCAUCAGAUCUAAAAUGAAAGUUCAAGGUGCCUCUGCAUUAAGACUGCUACAAACCCCCAAAGUGGAUCGAAAGACUCCAAGGGGAUUAAGUCGCUCAGCAUCUACUGCCACUCCACAGUCAAUCCUCAAAGUCCGCAACCUGAUAAACAGCACUGCUCAAUUAGACUCAUCAAAUACAAGCAACAAAGAACUCUCAACAGUCCAGCGUGCUUCAGAAUUCAGCGUUGAUGAGAAUGUCAUGGCUGUGUCUCCCAGACCUAAUAAGUCUGCUACUCCAAAAGUUGCACUCUCAGUGAGUACAGGACCUGGUCAUGGAACACCGAAGAAACUGAGGUUUGUCAUGGAUGAAAAACCUGAGGAACUGGAAGCUCCGACAUUUGAAAGAGACUCUCCUGUACCCUCACCAAAAAAGCUACGCUUCUCAGACAGUGGUGCUAAAACAUCAUCUAUGAAAACUUCUGAAUCACCCUCCAGUCGAAAGUCUGCUCUGGCUAGAUCUCCAAUUAGGCCUGUGAAAAACCGCAGUCCAACACCUGAAAGUAUUUCCAUGUCUCCUAAAAACCGAUCUAAACUUGAUAAGGUAAAUCGCUCUCCAAGAGUCGAGGAUGAAACCAUGAGUAACAAAAUCCAAGAAGAGCAAGAAAUGGAAAAUGAAGGCUCUUUCCAUCCACCUGCUGUGACAUAUCAUAGUGAAAUCAGUGCAAUUAGGUCAUCGCCAAAGGAAAUGGAAACGGCUUCCUCGAAUCCUGGGGGGAUGUCCUCUACCAUUCCUCUGACAAACUUUUCCAAAGGCAGAUUCACUCAGCUGAAAAACUCCCCACAUAAAGCUAGUCCAAACAAACUUAGCAUAAGCUCUGUUUGCAAGUCUCCAACAGUGAAACUUUCACAGGAGAGAACUGCAUUGUUCAGUGAGACAGAAACUGUAAAAGCUUCAGAAGAAGAGGUCAGCACUACCACAGAGGACAAGGAACCCAUUGAGAUUGACCUCACUGUGGAUGAGGACAUGGAGGAAGAUGAAAUACCAGUCAUUUCCACUAAAGAAGUUGAUGGCACAAUUGCAGAACUUAAAGACAGAACUCUCGUGUCUGCAGCAGACAGCUCUGUGGACAACAUACCCACUUAUGCUUUUGCUCUUCCAACAAAUACAGAGGAUGUGCUUUUAAAGGAGAAGAGACCUUUUCAACGAUUACGAUCAAAUCAUCAGUUUACCUUUUCACCACCAGUACCAGUGGAAUCAUCUGGACAAAAAGAUGAAGGUACUGGCUUUGACUUCAGUAAGACAGCUGAAGCUGACAGUACAUCUGAAAUGAAGAUUGAUAAUGAUCAAGUGUUCUCUUCUAUAAAUGGAAAGUUAGAUAGUUCACCAGAUGAAGAAGUAAUUAAAAAUAUGGAAUCCAGGUCACGGAGAGGAAACCUUAGAUCUCAAAAGUUUAAAUUCAGUUUGAAAUCACCACCCUCAGAACAAAAACUUCAUGGAAAGAAAGCAUCUGUGUCUUCUAGAGGAAUCGAUGGAUCUUUCCUGGAUACAUCAGGUAGGACCAUUGAAAAAGAACUAGCCCCAAAAUCCAGAUCAAAAAGGUCACAAAGAACACCAUCUUGGAAGUUUGCAAAGAAAUUGGAGUCCUCAACAGGACAAGAAAACAUGGAGAGGACAGUUUCCUCAGGUGUUCCAGACUCUGAGGCUCAGUCUGAAAAUGAAAAACUGGAUAGUGGUGAUGGAGAACAAAACAAGUCAAGAAGAGGAAGGUCUAGGAAGCACACAGUGUCAGUAAUUCAGACUAGGUCUUCAGACAAACAAUCCAAAUCAACAAAUACAUCUCCAUUAGAGAGAAAGUCUUUUAAAGGAUCGAAGUCAAAAUCUCCAAGUGCAUCACCUUCCCAGAAGUCAACAAGUACAUCUCCAUCAGAAAGAAAAUCUAGAAAAGAAUUUAAAUCCAAAUCUCCAAGUGCAUCAUCACCUUCCCAGAAGUCAACAAGUACAUCUCCAUCAGAGAGAAAAUCUAGAAAAGGAUCUAAGUCAAAAUCCCCAAGUGCAUCACCUUCACAGCAAGCUGCUGAAACUCGCUCCAGGUCUAGUUCAAAAUCACAAGAAAAGGUUGUGAGCAAAAGCAAUGUGAUAUCCUCAAGACAUUCCAACAGGCAGAUGUCUGAAUAUGUGUCACAAGAUACAUCUCCAAGUUCUGUAGUGGACAGACCUGUUCGGCAAUCAGCUAGGAGAGGAGGUUCAAAGUCAAAAUCUCCAGCAGUAGAAGAAGUUUUUGCCACUCCAACCAGACAUUCCACACGACUUAGAAAUAGGAAAUCGCUUUCACCCACACAAGAUACCAGUAUGUUAGGAACCUCUAUUAGAUCAACAAGGGCAAGGGUUUGGAAGGUAGACUCUUCUUCCAGAGAAAGAAGUGAAUCUCCAUCAAAAUCAAAAACAAGCUACAAUGAUGAGAUAAGGACCAGGUCUCAGGCAGAGGAAGUAUCAAAGACGACAAUAGUAUUAACCCCUACUCCGAGCAGAAGAGGAAGAAGAAAACAACUGGAUAGUGAGUCCUCAGAGCUCGAAGUUCAACAGAAGGGUACUCCAAGUAGAAGAACAAGGAGAAAGGAUGAGAAGCAACAUGUUGAUCCCCAGGAGACAACCAAAGUUGAGAAUAGCGGAACAGGAACACCUAGUAGGAAAGGAAGAAAGCAGACAGGUGUUGAAAAUCAGGUGCAGGAAUCUGAAGCAGAUAUAACAGAAAAGAAGCAUGUCUCUAACAGACAUGGAAAGAUGAAGCAGAUAGAAGCAGAGGAACAAGAAAGGGAACCUGAAACUAAUGAACUGCAAGCCACCCCAAGCAGACGUCAUAGGAAAAAACAAAGUGUAGGGGAAGAACAGGAUAAGGAGUCUGAAAUGGAGAUGACAGAAGCACCGGUUACCCCAAGCAGACGAGGUAGGAGGAAGCAGACAGCAACUGAUGAAAGUAUUCAAGAAUCAAAGGAUGAUGCAGUUGUCACUCCAAGCAGAAGCACCAGGAAGAAGGUUCAAGUGACACAAGAGCAGGAAAUCACACUAGUCAAGACCACUCCCAGUAGAAAAGGAAGAAGAAAACAGCCCCAGGUAGAGUCUGACCAGACAGUAGAGGAUGAAGUAAAGACCCAGGAGAAAACUGAAAGUAGAUCAGAGGAAGGAAAGAUGGAGAAUCCAGCAGUGGAGACUUCAGAUGAGAUUGAUGAAAGUGAACAUACGUCUAAGACUGGUGAUGAGAAAAUGUUAGAAGAGGAGAAUAAAAAUAACAAUGCGACUUCCCUAUCCUUUGAAUUUGCUGAGCCGGUUGAUUUUGAGAUCGACGAUGAUUCCAAAAAGGAGUUAGAAGCCAGUUUUGAGGCUGCCAAUUCCUUUUUAUUCUCUCCACCGCUGACAAGAGGCUUAAGCAAACGACUAAGUAUGGACCCCAAUGAUCGCACUAGUCUAUCCAGUCGUCUCAGCCUGGAACCAGAUAAUCGUAGUAGGCCUUCACAGAAAAGACUGAACCAACAGGAUCAUGAGAUCAUUCCUCCAAUUCUUCUACCUUCAGUUAAUGUUUCACCAAGGCCUCCUAUUCACGAGGAGCCGUCCUUAACAAGGAGAAUGUCACUAAGAGGUUCCAGGAGUCAAACUCCAGAGGUUCAGAAGAAAUCAACAUUGCCAAGACGAGGGGCGUCUGAACCUCCGGACAAUCCAUCUGUGGCCAAAAUUAGGAAAAGGGGAAGGAAAAAGAGAGAACUAUCUCCAGUUGAUGCUGUGAGCCUUAUACCUGUGAUUCCGGAGGAAGAACCUCGACAGACCCGAAGUUCAAGAACCAGACAGAGCGCCUCUGAGGAACCAAACUCCACUCAGCACUAUAAUCGUCGUGAGAGAAAAAAGGCUUACAAACUUUGGUAGAUAAUUCUACUAAGAAGAUAUCUGGACUGUGAUCAAUAUUCUCUUACAAGAAAAUACUUGAUUCCUUUUAUAUUUUUAAUUAAUAAUCAGAAUUUUGGUAUAACUUUGGGUGAAAAUUGUUUUUGGAUUGAAUGCAGUGCUUAAAUACAGUAAAUGCCAAACAGAAACUAAAGAAAUAAAAUUCAAUGUUCAUUUAUUGAUAUUAUGUGCAUAUGUGUUUGUAAUACUGCAGUUGUUGAUGUUUUGCUAGGGAUGAUUUGAACAAGAGAUAUGUUUCUUUGCAGAGCAAAAUGUAUGGCUUAAGACAAGUUGAUGCGAUGUGGAAGUAAUAUUUGUUGUACUUUUUCAUGAAUAAAGAAAUUAAUACAAUGUACUUUUUAUGGGGGAAAAUAAACACUCUAGUUUUUGUGA